AUGCCUCCCAAAAAGGCUGCAUCUGGUGCUGCUCCUGCGCGUAAGAGCACGAGGACAAAAGCUGAACCCGCCAUCAACGGUGUCAGUAAGCCAGAAGGGCAACCAAAAAAAGCUGCCGCGUCGAAAACUACGAAAGCCAACACGAAAGCUCCUUUGAAGACUACCUCCAAGAACACUAUGAAUGGCGCGAAAGAACCUGCGAAGAAGACAAACAAAAGGAAGGCCGAAGACGAGGUCGAUGAAGAACCUCAAGUCCAAGGAAACAAACGCGCCAGGAAAGCCUCGUCUGUCUCCGAGCGCGGAUCGACAGCCGAAGCUGCUCCAGCAAGAAGAAAGAUAGCUGCCGCGAAAGCCCCUGCCGCGAAGAGAACAAGGACUGUGACUGCCAUCAACCACGCGCCUACAGAGCCUCUCAACGUCUACGUCUUUGGUGAUGGCACCAACGGUGAACUCGGUCUCGGCACUGGCAAGAACUGCUCGGAAGUCAAGCGACCACGGUUGAAUAACUAUCUCGCGGGUGACUCUGUUGGUGUCGUGCACGUCAGUGUAGGGGGAAUGCACACCGCAGUUUUGACCAGGGAGAACAAGAUUCUCACAUGGGGUGUCAACGAUCAAGGCGCCUUGGGUCGAAGCACUGACUGGGAAGGUGGACUACGAGAUAUGGACGCAGACGACGAUGAGUCGGACAGCGAUGCAGGCACAAACCUAAAUCCAAAAGAGUCUACACCCACUGAAAUUGCUUUGGACAAUGUGCCAGAGGGAACAGUUUGGACACAACUCGCCUGCUCCGACAGCGCAACUUUCGCUCUUACCAAUGAUGGCCUUGUCUAUGGCUGCGGUACAUUCAGAUCGAACGAAGGAAUCUUCGGCUUCAGUCCUGACAUCCUCGUCCAACGAACUCUCGUUCAAAUUACCGAACUCAAAAAGAUUACAAAAUUGGUCGCAGGAGCCAACCAUAUCCUGGCACUUGACAACAAAGGUCAAGUCUUCGCAUGGGGCAGUGGACAACAAAACCAGCUAGGUCGCAGAAUUCUAGAACGAUUCCUCAAGAACUCUCUUGUCCCUACGCAGUUUGGUCUACCCAAACAAAUGGUCAAUAUUGGUGCUGGUGCAUAUCACUCUUUUGCUAUGCACAAGAAUGGCAAGUUAUACUCGUGGGGUCUGAACAGCUUCGGAGAGACUGGCGUUACAGACAACUUUGAAGCAGAAGGAGAAACAGAUGUACAUCAUCCAAAGGUCGUGCCAAAUCUGGAGAAGUAUGGUAAUAUCGUGCAGGUCGAAGGUGGCAGCCAUCACACAAUUGCACGCACUGACCAGGGUGAGGUACUGGUUUGGGGUCGACUCGAUGGCUACCAGCUGGGCAUCAAAGUCUCAGAUCUACCACAAGAGCACGUCAUCAAGGACAGCUCAGACCAUCCUCGAAUCCUCAAGGCACCUACGCAAGUUCCUGGCAUUGACGCAGUAGCUGUUGCAGCCGGGUCAGAUCACAGUAUCGCCAUCAGCAAGGACGGAAAGGCGUAUGCAUGGGGUUUCAGCGCAAGUUACCAGACUGGACUUGGCACAGACGAUGAAGUUGAGGUUGCGACACAUAUUGACAACACUGCAACAAGAGGAAAGCAGCUGGUUUGGGCUGGAGCUGGAGGACAGUUCAGUGUUAUUGCAGGGCUGUAUGGGAAGGACGCUGAGGCGCCUGCAGUGAAUGGACUCAACGGACAUGCUUGA